UGUAUAUGUGUUAUUUAUUUUACCGAAUUGAGAAAUUCUACUAUUAUGUUAUGAUAUCCUUAUGACUGUUAAUCUUGACUAUUCAGUUAGAUGGUUUUCCUGAGUGAAGGUUGUAUGUUUUUUUUUAUGAUGAUUUACAUAGUGUCACUUGUCACCACUUCGAAUUAGGGUCAGUCGACGAUGUUUGCUCAGUAUACGUAGUUUCAUACUCACUCUUGCUUUUUCUACAUCCUACGUGCAAGUACAGAUCCAACGACCUCCGAAUAUUGAUCCCUGUGGUUCCUUCUUUGCUAGCAUCAUUGGAGAUUCGAGGUAGCUGCUACUGGCUUUAGAAACUACUGAAAUCUCCUUCAACCUUGUCCUUAUGCAUUUUCUGCAUUUUGAAAGACUCAAACUUUCUUUUGGUUCUGUAUUUAAUUGAUUGUAUUAGUGAUUUCCAAACCUGGGAUUAUAGAUUAUUUGAUUUUACUAGCCUGUUAAUCUAUUAACGAAACUAUUCGGGAUUGGUUAUGUUCUUAUUCCUUCCGCUUCUAUGAGUUUGAGAUGUUAUUCUUAGAAUUGAAUAUUUAGUUUACCUAUCAUGGAGGAUGGAAUAGGUGUCAUCACAGUCCCGAAUUUGGGUUGUGACAAGCUGUGAAUAGUAAUAUUAUAAAGCAUAUUUAUAUAUGAUAAAAUACAAGUUAGGUCCACAAUAUAAUUUUUCUAAAUUUCAAUGUACUCUCAUUUUAAGGCACUAUUUAAAUUUUGUUCAAUUUUUUUAAAAAAAUAAAUUGAAAAUAUAGAUCCAUAUUACCGUUUCUAUCCCAUGCUCCUCUUCAAGAUUAAACUACAGCAACAAAAUCCAGUGAUGCGCUAGCAUCUUACAGAUGUGUUAAGUGGGAUUUUGAAGUAAUAUAUUACAACUGUUUAUGGGAAAAAAAUCCAAUGAAGCUAUCAAAACAGAGAUAUGUGGGUCAAUUAAUUGUGCAAAUAUAUGAAUCGCUCAACAACACUAAACAUGUAUUUCAGUGAUAUAAUGACUUACAAAAAAGAUAUGAAGUAAGUCUAUAUGCAUCAAAAUAGUUUCAAAAAUUGUAAGUAAUUUAACAGGUCAGAUAGCAUAAAGUAUCUCGGAAAUUGAUCUUUCGAUACCUUUUCACAAUUUGAAUUUUGAAUAGAAGAAGUGUGGCGGGCAUGAGCUUCACCUCCAAAAUACAACAACUACUUGCUCUUCUCAACUCUUGUUCUUCCCUCAAACACCUCUUCCAAAUUCAUGCUCAAAUCAUAAUCUCUGGAUUAUCUCAACACAACUGUAUCGUCCUCAAAAUAAUCAACUUUUUCGCUUCUCAUACCCCAAUAAACUCAUCUUCUUACGCUGGUUUCGUCAUCAAGCAAUCCCAUAAUUCGUCUAAUUCAUGGUGGAACAUCCUCAUUAGACGUUAUGCCACAUGCCACAAGUCUUCAUAUACAGAAGCCAUUCGGUUUUUUGUAGAAAUGCGGCGUGUUGGAGCUGUUUCUGAUGAAUUCACAUACCCUUUUCUCUUCAAGGCGUGCUCGUCCUUUUUGGGUCUGGAAGAAGGGAAACAGGUUCAUUGUGAUGUGAUCAAGAUUGGUGUUUGUAACAAUGUGUAUGUUCAGAAUACUUUGAUUCAUUUCUAUGGUUCUUGUAAGAAGAUUGUGGAUGCAUAUAAAAUGUUUGAUGAAAUGUCGCCUAGAACUGUUGUUUCUUGGAAUUCAAUAAUUUCGGCUUGUGUUGAAAGCUGUUGGUAUUAUGAUGGGGUUGAGAUUUUUCGAGUAAUGAGGAAAUGUGGGGUUCAACCGGAUGAGACGACGAUGGUGGUUUUGCUUUCUGCUUGUGCUGAGUUGGGUAACUUGAGUUUAGGGAAAUGGAUUCAUGGUCAAGUGAUUGAGCAAGGGAUGUUUGUGAAUUGUCAAUUGGCAACUUCUCUUGUCAACAUGUAUGCCAAAUGUGGAGCAGUGGAUUAUGCUCGUUUGAUGUUCGACAGGAUUGGAGAAAGAAAUGUGUGGACUUGGAGCGCGAUGAUUCUUGGAUUGGCUCAGCAUGGAUUUGCUGCACAAGCGUUGGAACUCUUUUGGAAAAUGAAGGAUUGUUCUGUGAAGCCUAAUUAUGUGUCCUUUCUUGGUGUGCUUUGCGCUUGUAGCCAUGUCGGGAUGGUCGAAGAGGGGCAUCGUUUAUUUCAAGAGAUGGAAAGUGUUUAUAGGAUCAAGCCUAUGGUGGCACAUUAUGGUGCCAUGGUAGAUAUCUUGAGUCGUGCUGGUCGUCUAGAAGAAGCGUACAAGUUCAUAGUUCACAUGCCCAUUGAGGCUGAUGCAGUCAUAUGGAGGACAUUGCUCAGUGCAUGCCACAUUCAUGAUAUUAGUGACUACACUCGAGUGGGAGAGGAGGUCAGAAGCAGGUUGCUUAGAAUGGAGCCCAAAAGGAGUGGGAAUUUGGUCAUGGUAGCAAAUAAGUAUGCUGGAAAUGGAUUAUGGGAAAAAGCAGCAAAAUUGAAAAGAGAUAUGAAAGAGAGACGACUUAAGAAAAUCGCUGGAGAAAGCUGUGUAUCAGUGUUUCAAAAUCCAUAGAGAUUGUUAUCGAGUUGGUAAGUAGAAGGAAGUUUUCUUGUUCCUAAACAGUGCCAUUUUCCUCUGGCUCAGUUGCAGCAACAAUACACAAGAAAACACCCCGACACCCUAUAAAGUUGUUCAAUGCUGUCAAAUUGAAAUUGGAUAAAAGGUGGUGUUGAACUUUGGAUAAACCAGUUCCACCUUGUUUUCAGAA